AUGGUACGGCCGGAACCAACGGCCUCGCCGCCGGUGGAGACCAUCCACCUGACGCCGUGGGAUCUCAAGUCUAUCACCGUGGAGAACAUCCAGAAGGGCAUCCUCCUGCCCAAGCCUCCCACCACCGGAGGCAAGGGGCUCAACAACGUCGACGUGGAGUGUCUAGCUUCGUCCUUUCAGCGAGCCCUUGGCCACUUCUACCCUUAUGCCGGACGCCUCGCCGUGGCCGUCCCGCCGGCUAGCAACGGCGGAGCAUCGUCGCCUCAGAACCAGAGCCUCACCAUUUCGCUCCGCUGCGGCGGCGAGGGCGCCGAGUUCGUCCACGCCGUGGCUCCCGGCGUCACCGUCUCGGACAUCAGCGCCUCGCUCGUCGUUCCUCGGGUGGUCUGGUCCUUCUUCCCGCUCGACAUGCUGCUGGGUUCGGACGCCAUUGAGGGCUCGCGCCCGCUCCUGGUUGCGCAGGUCACCGAGCUCGCCGACGGCGUCUUCAUCGCCAUGUCAAUGAACCACGGCGUCGCCGACGGUACGACAUUCUGGCAAUUCUUCAAUACCUGGUCCGAGCUAAGUCGUGCCGCCGUCGCUGGCAACGAUGUUAUGAUCUCCUCGCCGUUGCCGGUGUUCGACAGGAGUUUCCUGGGCAGCUGCACCGUCCCCAUCCCUCUGCCCUUCGGCAACCUGGAGGAUGUCGUCGGCAUUCGACAUGUGUUCCCGCCCGUGCAGGAAUGCUUCCUCAAUUUCUCCGCGGCGAGCGUAAAGAAUCUCAAGGCGCAGGCGAACGCCGAGAUGUCCGGCUCCGGCUGCACCCUUGGCACAAUCUCCUCGCUGCAGGCGCUGCUCGCGCACCUGUGGCGUGCCGUGUGCCGAGCCCGGCGACUCGCAUCGCACCAGAAAACGACGUACACUGUCCUUGUGGGAUGCCGUGGCCGCGUCGUCGGCAUACCGGCAGCCUACGCGGGCAACGCGGUGGAGCACGCCACCGCCAAGUCCACCGCCGGCGACAUCCUGGACAGGGGCCUUGGCCGGGCGGCAUGGCUCCUGAACAGGGCCGUGGCGUCGUUCGACAUGGCAUACGCGAGCAACAAGCUCGCGUCCUGGCCUCGGGAGCCUAGCUUCACGCGCCUGCCCGCGCUCGUGGCUGCCGCUCCCACGGGGACGCUGACAGGGAGCUCGCCGCGGUUCGACGUGUAUGGGAACGACUUCGGGUGGGGCGCGCCGGUGACCGUUCGGAGCGGCGCCGGGAACAAGUUUGAUGGGAAGGCGACCGUGUACGAGGGUCGAGGUGGCGGAGGGAGCAUUGCGCUGGAGGUGUGCCUCGUUCCGGAGGCGCUCGCCAGGCUCGUCACCGACGAGGAGUUCAUGGGUGCAACCACCACUGAUUCAUACUGA